AUGCCGCCCCAGAAAAAACAGACCCCACCCAGCCCCGCCAGACUCUCCUCCAUCGCCACCAGCCUGCUCGCCGCCAUCCUCGAGCUCUCCCAGCAGCACGCCCUCGAGCUCGCCGUCAACCCCGCCACCCGCGCAAAGACCGCCAGGGACCUGCUCGCCCUCCGCGAUGGGCUCAUCCAGAACGGCCUCGCCAGCCAGCAGGACCCCAUCCUCCUCGGCCUCCACAAACAGUACCUGCGCAUCGUCGGCCUGGUCCGCGGCGUCGCCGGCAUGGCCGCCGAGAUCGACGGCCUCGAUCUCGAGCUGCCUUCCCCCGCAGAACCACCCCCAUCGACGGGCCAGCCGUUGAUCGAUGUCGGCCAAGAAACUCCCCAGGAUCCGCCCCCGGCCCUGCCCGACACCACCAUCGACAUCCCGGCCCGCACCCGCUCCAGGAAAGCCAUCCAGGAGGACGAGGAACUGAUGCGAACAGAGAACGAGCAGGUCCAGCGGAUCCAGCAAGUCGUGCUUGACGACCAAGACAGGACCCUGGACGAGCUGUCGAAUGCGAUCUCGAGACAGCGCGACUUGUCCUUGCACAUCUCUUCCGAACUCGAGGUCCAGGAGAACCUGCUCGACGAACUCGACCAUGACCUCGACUUCACCUCGAAUCGCUUGACCCGAGCGAACAGGAGGAUGGACAACGUGUUCAGGAAGAUCGCUAAGGAUGGCGCCUGUUGGACGAUCUUCGGCUUGGUCGCUCUCCUCUUGUUUUUGAUUGUACUGUUAAAAUGA